GAUGUCGAGUAGAAGAUCAAGAUCAAGACAAUCAGGAAGUAAUUCAAGAAUAACUGAUGAUCAGAUCAAUGAUCUUGUUUCUAAGUUGCACCAACUUCUUCCUGAGAUUCGUAAUGCCCACUCUGAUAAGGUUUCGGCGGCCAAAGUGUUACAGGAGACGUGCAACUACAUUAGAAGCUUGCAUAGAGAGGUUGAUGAUCUCAGCGAGAGACUAUCGGAGCUUUUAGCGACGACCGACAAUGCUCAAGCCGCCAUAAUCCGCAGUUUGCUUAUGCAAUAG